CACCCCCGCCAAGCAUACGCAUCGUCACUUCCUUGGCCUUGUGGACCUGGUGCCUAACCACGAACGACACCUCUGCCUCAUUGGUUUCUGACCAAGCCGCUCGGCCGAACAACUCCGCCCCCUGCCUGACGCGCACUCGACCUGACACCUGAAAGCAAACACCACAAUGGACGUCCAAUGCCAGUGCGGCGCCGUCUCGUUCCGGACGCCCUCAUCCGUCCCCCAGGCCGUCUUCCACUGCCACUGCACCCAGUGCCAAGCCCAGUCGGCGUCGGCCUUUGGCACUUCAGCCGUCUUCCCCACAAACGGCAUCUUCCCGCUGAGCCCUGAGCUCGAGGCCAGGCUCGGGCUGUACAACCGCCCCGCCGAGCGCGCCGACAGCGGCCGCGUGGUGCGAUGCUACUUCUGCAAGACAUGCGGCGUCCGGCUCAUGCACCUCGGCAUCGAGAAGGACGGCAGCCCGAGGUCCUUUGUCUCGGUCAAGGGCGGCAACAUCAAGGGGCUUGACUGGAGCUCCGCCACGCACAUCUACACCGAAAGCGCCGUCGUGCCUAUCCCGGCGGGCGUCAAGUCGUUCCCCCGUGCGCCGUCGCCGUCCUCUUGAUCUUGCCAUAACCGCAAGAUAUAGAUUGCAGUCGAGAAUCAGAGCGACGACGUACAUAUUCUCUCCGAGAAGAGCCAGGGGGUGAGAUUGUUGCUUGUGAUUGCUUGUGUACUUUUUUCCUGCUCACUAUCUUUUCAGAUCUGUCCAGCCCCUGAGCACGAGACACAGCAUCAUGGGGCUUGACAAAGUUUACGCAUUGAGGCAUGUGGAAUCGCCAACAAGCUGCACCAACAUGCCGGUUGUCUUGUUUGCUCAGGUCGCUUUCUCUUUCUCACAUUCACUAAUCCCUAUGUAGUUAACUGCCCAUCAAUCUGCCUACCAAAUCAUCAUAUGCCCACCUAUUCAGGGACACGCCUGGGCAACUCGUUUGCGUAAACAAGGUUCGCGGCUACAAACAAAGCCACUGAGCUGAAAUCUGCUUCUUGACU